GUUGUAGCAGCUGGAGCUGUGAAGAAUAGCUGAUUGGUUCCUAAACUGUAAAUCGAGUGAAAGUGGUUUAUUUGCAGUGCCAUUGCAAUUGAUUGUGAUUUAUUGAUUUUAGACAAAAAUUUGGAACAUCGUCUAUCAAACUUAUAUAUAUAUAUAAAUUUAUAUAUGAGGAACCAACGGUAAAGAUGCACGCUCAAGGACAGGGUCAACAGACGCAGCAGCACUCCUCGACACAUUCCCUUCUGCAACAACCGCAAAACCAUUUAUCUAACAACAAUGCAGUUGGAAAAUCUAACGAAAAUCAAUCGUUGUCAUCUGUCGGUUUACUGGAGUUGGCGCAUCGAGAAUACCAAGCUGUAGAUUAUGAAAACGCAGAGAAGCAUUGCAUGCAGCUAUGGCGCCAAGACAGCACCAACACUGGAGUGUUAUUACUGCUAUCAUCAAUUCAUUUCCAAUGCAGACGUCUGGAUAAAUCCGCUCAAUUUUCGACAUUGGCAAUAAAACAAAAUCCUCUGCUCGCGGAGGCAUAUAGCAACCUAGGAAAUGUUUACAAAGAGCGCGGACAGCUACAAGAAGCAUUAGAUAACUAUCGUCGAGCUGUGCGAUUAAAGCCCGACUUUAUAGAUGGAUACAUAAACCUGGCUGCGGCUUUGGUAGCCGCGCGAGAUAUGGAGUCCGCGGUUCAAGCAUAUAUAACAGCAUUACAAUAUAAUCCUGAUUUGUACUGUGUGCGUAGCGAUUUGGGUAACCUGCUUAAAGCUCUAGGACGAUUGGAGGAAGCAAAGGCCUGCUAUUUAAAGGCGAUAGAAACGUGUCCAGGAUUUGCCGUUGCAUGGAGUAAUUUGGGCUGCGUGUUCAACGCACAAGGAGAAAUCUGGCUAGCUAUUCAUCACUUUGAAAAAGCUGUCACCCUCGAUCCCAACUUUUUAGACGCCUAUAUAAAUCUAGGAAAUGUGCUUAAGGAGGCCAGAAUAUUCGACAGGGCUGUGGCUGCAUAUUUGCGUGCUCUAAAUCUUUCACCUAACAAUGCCGUAGUCCAUGGAAAUCUGGCAUGCGUCUACUAUGAGCAAGGACUCAUUGACUUGGCCAUUGACACAUAUAGGCGAGCCAUUGAGCUGCAACCUAAUUUUCCCGAUGCAUAUUGUAACCUUGCAAAUGCUCUUAAAGAAAAAGGACAGGUCAAAGAAGCUGAAGAUUGCUAUAAUACCGCACUACGACUAUGCUCGAAUCACGCAGAUUCACUUAACAAUUUGGCGAAUAUCAAACGAGAACAAGGAUUCAUUGAGGAUGCAACACGCCUUUAUUUGAAAGCCCUUGAAGUGUUUCCCGAUUUCGCAGCUGCACAUUCGAACCUGGCGUCUGUGCUGCAACAGCAGGGCAAGCUAAACGAAGCCCUUAGGCAUUACAAGGAAGCAAUUCGAAUUCAGCCCACAUUUGCCGACGCGUACUCCAAUAUGGGAAACACUUUAAAGGAGCUGCAGGAUGUUAGCGGGGCUCUACAGUGCUAUACGCGAGCUAUACAAAUCAAUCCGGCAUUUGCCGAUGCCCAUAGCAAUUUGGCGAGCAUCCAUAAGGAUUCUGGAAAUAUUCCUGAAGCAAUUCAAUCUUACCGUACAGCUCUAAAGCUAAAACCUGACUUCCCCGAUGCCUAUUGCAAUUUGGCACAUUGUUUACAAAUUGUUUGUGAUUGGUCGGAUUAUGAUGUACGAAUGAAGAAAUUGGUUAGCAUCGUUGCCGAGCAGCUGGACAAGAAUCGUUUGCCAUCCGUACAUCCACAUCACUCAAUGCUGUAUCCAUUGACCCAUGAUUUUCGAAAAGCAAUUGCCGCGAGGCACGCCAAUUUAUGCUUAGAAAAAGUGCACGUUUUGCACAAGCAGCCGUAUAAUUUCGCAAGAGAUCUACCAAGUGGCGGACGUAUACGAAUUGGAUAUUUGAGCUCAGAUUUUGGAAAUCAUCCUACCUCACAUCUGAUGCAGUCAGUACCCGGAUUGCAUGAUCGAUCGAAGGUAGAGAUAUUCUGUUACGCCCUCAGUCCUGAUGAUGGUACAACGUUCCGGCAAAAAAUAGGCCGUGAAGCUGAACAUUUUGUUGAUCUUUCCGUAAUUCCAUGCAAUGGCAAAGCAGCCGAUCAGAUUUACAAUGAUGGCAUACACAUUCUAGUUAAUAUGAAUGGUUACACAAAGGGCGCAAGAAAUGAGAUAUUUGCCCUUAGACCUGCACCGAUUCAAGUCAUGUGGUUAGGCUAUCCAGGCACAAGCGGUGCCAGUUUUAUGGAUUAUAUUAUAACUGAUGCAGUUACCAGCCCGAUGGAAUUGGCCAAUCAGUACAGUGAGAAGCUAUCGUAUAUGCCUUACACAUAUUUUAUUGGUGAUCACAAGCAAAUGUUUCCGCAUCUAAAAGAGCGAAUUAUUGUUUGCGAUAAACAGCAGCAAUCAUCUGUUGUAGAUAAUGUUGCAGUCAUUAAUGCCACUGACUUGUCGCCUUUGGUUGAAAGUACAGACGUCAAAGAGAUCAAAGAAGUCGUUGCGAAUGCGAAUAAACCUGUAGAAAUUACACUUAAAGUAGCAGAACUGCCGAGCACCACCCAGAUAGUAUCGAUGAUUGCUACUGGUCAGGUGCAGACAUCAUUGAAUGGUGUUGUCGUUCAAAAUGGACUGGCAACUACACAGACAAACAAUAAGGCAGCCACUGGAGAGGAGGUUCCCCAAAAUAUCGUUAUUACAACACGUCGUCAAUAUAUGUUACCCGACGACGCUAUAGUUUACUGUAAUUUUAAUCAACUAUACAAAAUCGAUCCUCAAACUCUGCAAUCUUGGGUAGUCAUUUUAAAAAAUGUGCCUAAAUCGGUUUUAUGGCUGCUGCGGUUUCCAGCAGUUGGCGAGCAAAAUAUUAAAAAAUCUGUUAGCGAUUUGGGUAUUUCUUCUGAAAGAGUUAUAUUCUCAAACGUAGCUGCAAAGGAAGAACACGUGCGUCGAGGACAAUUGGCCGAUAUUUGUUUAGACACUCCACUGUGCAAUGGUCAUACAACUUCAAUGGACGUUUUAUGGACCGGAACUCCAGUUGUCACCCUACCCGGAGAGACAUUAGCUUCCAGGGUUGCUGCUUCUCAAUUAGCUACACUUGGAUGUCCAGAGUUAAUUGCCCGUAGCAGAGAUGAAUACCAAGACAUCGCUAUUCGAUUGGGAACGGAUAAGGAAUACUUAAAAGCUUUACGAGCAAAAGUAUGGAAAGCAAGAGUCGACAGUCCACUGUUCGAUUGUUCACAAUAUGCCAAAGGCUUAGAAAAUCUGUUUUUACGCAUGUGGAAAAGAUUUCAGAGGAAUGAACUCCCCGAUCACAUUUCUUCAGAAUAAGAGUUUCAAAACUAAAUGUAAAGCAGACUAGGAAAGCUGAAGUACUACGAAUGGAGACUGGAGUGGGAAGGCGAAUGUAUGCUAUUUAGUUUGAAUUUCUGUGACAUAUAUACAUAUGUAUGUUUCAUGUAUAACUACAAAUAUUUCUGUAUAAGAAGCAAGUGUAACUAUUUAUACACAUAUUCUUAUUUUUGAUCAAUUUAACAUGCUCUCAUAAACAUUUUGACCUUUUAAAAUAAGACGUUACCUUGUAUUAGAAACAAAAAUAAAACCGCUUAAUAUUGAACACGGCAUCAUCACAUCCCAUCAUAUAAACAA